UUUCGGAGAAUAGCGAAAACAAAAGAAAACAGAACCAAACAGAUUUACAUAUAUUCCCAUAUCUUCGUGCUUAAAAUAGAUUUGUUAUUGUCAAUUUUGUGGGAGUUUCCCUAGUUCAAAGAUCUAUAAAAAAGUCUGUCCCGGGAUCACAUGUAUAUUUUUCGUAAGAAACGCCAACCUACUCGCGAUGCAAAACGAAAACAUUUGGCAAAAUUUAAAUGCAUCAAUGUUUUCUGCUUGUGACGGAAGACUUCAACAACCAAGUUUUAAUCCCCUCCUCUCAUCUAGCUUUAAUCACGGCCCUGGCAAAGAAUCGUCGUUCUACACUGGUAUGAUAGAAAGAAGGCAAGAAAUGGAUGCUUUUGAAAGUCCUUGUGCUAUGAUAAAAGAGGGUCUCAAAAGAAAAAUCACCCAAAAGCAUUUGGAAAAUGGUACAACGUUACCGAAAAUAGAAGAGAAGAAAAGACAGCCAGCACCACCGAGAAUGAAAGAAGAAGAUCCAGAGGUUAUCAAGAAGCGAAGGGAGAGAAAUAAGAUCGCAGCGACGAAGUGCCGAAAGAGAAAGAGAGAACGCAUCGAAAUAUUGGAAAAGAAAACAAAUAAACUUGAGGAAACAAGGAGGAAGAAAUUAGAAGAAAAGGAGGAACUGUUGGCUGAGCUGCAUGAAUUGUCCACAUCACUGAAUAAUCACUGGUGCAAACUUGUGCCGUCACAGAAUGCUGCGCUUUUGAAUUCUCUCCGACAAAAAUACGGAAACUUCAAUGUAAGUUAGUUUCCUCUGAUCUUCGUCCGGCGCAGCAAGACUCUUGCAAGAACUGAAAGUAGAACACAGUUUGUGGCCAUAUGCAACAAACAUGACAUUAUUUUGAAACUUACAUUAAGCUUUUAACAUGCUUAACAAUUCAUCUCUUAAAGGUGAACUCACUUUCUUCGAAUUUCCGAAGAUGUCAUAAAUUGUAAUGAUUAAUUGACUAAAUUCCCUUGCGGUAUUUUUAUUAUCGUUAUGGAUUUCUUGUGCUAGACUUCCUGUGAAAAAUAAACUGGCCCACGGUAGAUUCCCCGUCAUUA